UAAAAGUUAGGAGAUGGGCCCCAACUUAUAAGUUCAAGCGUCCGCCCGAGCUCUGAUUACCAGCCAGCCAGGUAGAGAGAGAGAGGAGACGAGAGUCGGAGAUGGGUUCGGUAGUGAGGAGUGCGGUGAAGGCGAUCAAGGAAAAGGGUUUUGGAAACUUCCUGAGAGAGCUCAGGGAUGAAGGAUAUUUGACAGCACUCUUGGAUGGGAAUCUUAUGCAAACCAAGAUUCACAAUAUAGGUGCAACACUUGUUGGUGUGGAUAAAUUUGGCAACAAAUAUUAUGAAAAAUUAGGAGACACUCAAUACGGUAGACACCGUUGGGUCGAAUAUGCAGCAAAGGACCGCUAUAAUGCUUCUCAGGUCCCUCCAGAAUGGCAUGGUUGGCUGCAUUUCAUAACUGAUCAUACAGGAGAUGAGCUUCUGUUACUGAAACCAACGAGAUACGGGCUUGAGCACAAAGAGAACUUGUCCGGGGAAGGUGAUCAGUACAUCUAUCACUCCAAGGGGCACUCCCUCAACCCUGGGCAGAGGGACUGGACCAGGUAUCAACCUUGGCAACCGACCAAGGCCUAAGUUUCCUUCUCGUAGAUUUGAAAUGAAAUUCUAGAGAAGACGGAGAGUAGAUGGAUGUAUAAGCUCCUGGCUCUGCAGACUCUGAAUUGUGUGAUGGCCAUGGGGGGUUGUCAAUUUACUUUCUUGUUCUGUUAUUGACUUGAUUUUGGUUUAGUUCCUCAACUGUCACCUUGAAUUGAGUGGAUUCUGGCUGAAUGUCAUGCUGUACUUGUUGAGUCAAGACCAAUAUGGCAAUGAUUGGAUGUUGAAGCAAAUAAAUGGACUUUUACCUGUAGUUGUUGCAGAAUUUGCUAUCA